CCUGGUUCCUGCAAGCUUCCGGUAACACAAACACGUUGCCCUGGCUUUCCUGGCAUGCCUAAGAAAAGGCAGCAUCUCAAGCCUUUCAAGCCAGCGUCGACGGCAUCUCCGACGUCCGGGUCUUCGUCCAACGCAGCUGGCAAGGCUCCGAGAAGCGUCAACGAGCUUCUGGCCAGCUUGCGGCACGCCUCUCUGGAUCCAUCUGCACCGCGACAACUGCCCCCCGUAACACCGUCUGUGCCGCCAGCCCUCAGGGAGAUACUGCAGAUCCCAGACACUCCAGUCCCCGCACCCAGGCGGCAGCACAGGCAGAGGCUGGACAACAAUGGCCGCCGCCUUCCAGCUGGCCCCCCUCCCCCGCGAAGCUGGGUUGCUUCCAGGAGCGGUGCUACACAUCCUCAGGGUCAACCGUCGCGGUCGACCGUGAACCGGUGUGGUCUUGUUGACUCGGCCUUGCCAGGCACCUACCUGCCCGCUUCGCGGAGUCUUAUCGACAUUAUCCUAAGGCGAAUUGCUGUCGACUGGGACAUCCACCGCGUGUAUCACCAGCACUAUCUGUUUUAUAUACCUGCGCAUCUGAAAUCUGCCCUCAUUCGAUGGAUUGGCAUUGCGAGCCCGGGAGGCUUGUCGGCAGAAGACCUCAGACUAAUAUUGCUCCCCUCUCCAGACGACCUGGAGGAAGCGGAAGAUGAUGAACUGUCCGAGUACCACUCCGAGAAUCAGAUCGCCGUCAACCCAGAGGUCAAUUACCUGGACUUGUCGGGUGCUCUGGGCCGUUCUCUGACCCUCAAGGAGGUAUCCGACCUCCUGUUUCCAUCAAAGAAGCAAGAUAAUGCGAGUGAGCCGCAGGAAUCCUGGGAAGAGAGCGAGAGCAUCCCUAGCCCUCCGCGCGCGCUUUUACCCAACCUGACGCAUUUGUCGCUCGCUCUCGACCCCCAGCUAGCCUCGGAAGCCUCGUGGAGGCAGCUGCUGUCCCUGUCGUCGAAGCUCACUACCGUCACUCACUUGAGCCUCGCCUACUGGCCCGAUCCGACCCUUACGCCACGAGCCCGCCGCUCCACUGUGGCCACGCCGCAGGGCCAGAGUAUUGCGUACGGAGGGACAAGUUACUAUUCUCACUCCAUCGAUCAUGAUUGGAGCGAGGCUCUCUUGGUGCUCAAGAUGCUCAGCAGGAACCUCUACGCGCUAGAAUUUCUUGAUCUCACUGGAUGCGCUCCGUGGUUCAAGGCCCUGAUGCUGCAAUCGGACCAUGAUCAUGUGGACUGGGUCGGAGCAUGGGGCAAAGUGACGCUUCUCCGGAUACUCACUGGGUGGACACCCGGAGAGGACGCUCUUCCUUCUGAGCUAAUGGCUUACCGAGAGGCUAUAGAUGUGGCCGCUAGUGUUGAGAAGUAUAUCAGGGUUAUGCGGGCAGGAAAAGGGAGGAUCAUCACGGUGGAAAGGAACAGGCUGGAUACAUGA